AUGGUGUCGCUGCUCCCGCCUCAGUCUGACGUCACGCUGCCAGGCCCCACCAGACUGGAGGCCGAGCCCCAAGGGGACCUCAUGCAGGCACCAGGCCUCCCAGGCUCCCCUGCUUCACAGAGUAAGCACGCCGGUUUCAGCUGCUCAUCCUUUGUGCCUGAUGGCCCUGCAGAGAGGGCACCCUCAUUGCCCCCACACAGCCCCAGCGUCGCGUCACCAGGCCCCGAGCAAGUGCAGGGCCACUGCCCAGCCGGCCCCAGCCUGGGUGCCUUCCAGCUCUCAUCCUCAGACAAGUACCCCAGUGGCUUCAGCUUUGAAGAGGGCCCAGGAGGCAGCCCCGGACGCUUCCUCAAGGGCAGCCAUGUGCCUUUCCACCCUUACAAACGGCAUUUCCAUGAGGACGUCUUCCCUGAGGCCCAGACUGCCCUGGCCCUCGAUGGACACUCCUUUAAGACCCCGGGACCACUGGAGACCUUCGAGGAGAUCCCCGUGGAUGUGGGGGAUGCUGAGGGUUUCCUACCUGGCUUCUCAACAGAGGCCUGGUGCAAUGGGCUUCCUUACCCCAGCCAGGAGCAAGGCCCCCAAGUCCUGGGGUCGGAGGUCAAGGUCAAGCCCCCAGCUCUGGAGAGUGGUCCUGGGAUGUACUGCUACCAGCCCCCCUUGCAGCACAUGUACUGCCCCUCCCAGCCCCCCUUCCACCAGUACUCACCAGGUGGUGGCAGCUACACUGUACCCUACCUGGGCUCCUCGCAUUACCCAUACCAGCGGAUUGCACCCCAGGCCAGCACUGAUGGGCACCAGCCUCUCUUCCCAAAACCCAUCUACUCCUACAGCAUCCUCAUCUUCAUGGCCCUUAAGAACAGUAAAACUGGGAGCCUUCCUGUCAGCGAGAUCUACAACUUUAUGACGGAACACUUUCCUUACUUCAAGACGGCGCCUGAUGGCUGGAAGAAUUCUGUUCGCCACAACCUGUCUCUGAACAAGUGCUUCGAGAAGGUGGAGAACAAAUCGGGAAGUUCCUCUCGAAAAGGCUGCCUGUGGGCCCUCAAUCCAGCCAAGAUUGAUAAGAUGCAGGAGGAGCUGCAGAAGUGGAAGAGGAAAGACCCCAUUGCUGUGCGCAAAAGCAUGGCCAAGCCAGAAGAGCUGGACAGCCUCAUUGGAGACAAGAGGGAGAAGCUGGGCUCCCCGCUGCUGGGCUGCCCACCCCCUGGGCUGGCAGGCUCAGGCCCUAUCCGGCCCCUGGCACCCCCAGCUGGGCUCUCCCAGCCACUGCACCCACUGCACCCCACGGCAGGCCCUAUUCCUGGCAAGAACCCCCUGCAGAACCUAUUCGGGGGACACGUACCCUCCUGCUAUGGGCAGACAUACUCACACCUCUCAACGGGCCUGGCCCCUCCAGGGCCCCCGCAGCCUUUGUUCCCGCAGCCAGAUGGGCACCUUGAGCUGCGGGCCCAGCCAGGCACCCCCCAGGACUCACCUCUGCCUGCCCACACCCCACCCAGCCAUAGCGCCAAGCUGCUGGCUGAGCCUUCCCCUGCCAGGACCGUGCAUGACACCCUGCUGCCAGACGGAGACCUUGGCACUGACCUGGAUGCUAUCAACCCCUCUCUCACCGACUUUGACUUCCAGGGAAAUCUGUGGGAACAGCUGAAGGAUGACAGCUUGGCCCUGGACCCCCUGGUACUGGUGACCUCGUCCCCGACAUCAUCUUCCAUACCACCACCCCCGCCACCACCCCAUUGCUUCCCCUCUGGGCCCUGCCUGGCAGAGACAGGCAGUGGAGCGGGUGAGCUCGCACCAGCAGACAGCGGGGAUUCUGGGGCACUGGGUGACCUGCACCUCACCACCCUCUACUCGGCCUUCAUGGAGCUGGAGCCCACGCCCCCCACAGCCCCUGCUGGCUCCUCUGUGUACCUCAGCCCCAGCUCCAAGCCCAUGGCCCUGGCAUGA